AUGCAGCUUCCUCUAUCAAUCACCACCUUUCUCGCGAUCAGCAGCCAGACACUUGGCGCCAGUCUCUUCGGCCUUUACCGCAUCCAGAAAACAAUCGAUGGCCAGGAUGUUGUCUUGACCGGACAAGGAGAAAAUAAAGCCCCGGCCUUUGAAGCACCUAUUGGCAAAGCCAGUCAGAUCUGGAGGUUUGAAGAUCAGGGAGACAACAACACGAUCAUCCAAAGUGUGCCAACCAAGUACUACUUGAAUUGUGGACCGGGUUGUCUGGAGUCGUCAAGUGCCCAAACAUUUUACGUGGAGCAUCAGGGUCCGUUUGAAUAUACGUUCUUCGACCUUGACCACGACCAAUCGUUACGCUCGACAGACAAGAAUGGAAUAGCGCUAGCCGACGUAGCUGAGAAUACCGACAAGGAAAGAUUUGAGGUUAUCCGAGUGGAAUUCUGUGAGUAG